UGCCCAGCCUAGACACGUUGGUCUACCGGGUUUUCUCAAAGUGAUAGGCUAGCCAUGUUCGGUGAACCUUCGGAAUCGAGGACAUGCCCCUCGUAAAUCUGUAUUGCACUCAGCGGAGCAGUGAACUUGUGAUACAUCGGUAUUGACUUCAUUUUCCCGGAACAACAAGAGGUAUAAAAGCGACCACCAGAAAACCCCACCUACCCCUGCAUCUCCACGUCCACAGACAACAUGGCUGUAAAGACUUUAUACAUGUUUGGUUUCGUCGGCCUCACUGCACUCUCCGUUCAAGGCCAAGCUGCUUUAUAUGCCCAAUGUGGCGGUAUUGGUUGGACUGGCGCUACUACUUGUGCAACAGGUGCUGUUUGUACCGAUAUUAACUCGUAUUACUAUCAAUGUUUACCCGCCUCCUCUGCUACGUCUGUUGGGGGAGGAUCUCCGACAACAUCUACAGUAUCUGUGAGCUCGCCCACUAGCACUUGUGGCGCCACGCCGCCAUCAUCUGCCGGCACAUUGAAGUAUGCUGGUGUGAACAUCGCUGGAUUCGAUUUUGGCUGUGACACUUCAGGCGAUUGCACAGCGAGCGGUGCAUAUCCUCCUCUUGCGCAGUACUAUGGUGCCGAUGGAAUUGGCCAAAUGACCCAUUUUGUCAAUGAUGACAAGUUCAACAUUUUCCGUCUCCCUGUUGGGUGGCAAUAUCUUACAAACAAUGUGUUGACUGGCACGUUGGAUGAAACCAACUUCGCCGAGUACGAUACACUCGUUCAAGGUUGUCUCGGAACGGGUGCGAGUUGCAUCGUGGAUAUUCAUAAUUAUGCUAGGUGGAACGGACAGAUUAUUGGACAAGGCGGACCGUCUAACGAGAUAUUUGCGUCCCUCUGGAGUUCCAUCGCAACGAAGUAUGCGAGCCAGCCUAAAGUUAUCUUCGGAAUCAUGAACGAGCCUCAUGACCUUCCUAGCAUUCCACUAUGGGCAGGUACCGUUCAAGCUGCUGUGACUGCUAUUCGCCAGGCAGGGGCCACUUCUCAGCUUGUCCUUCUCCCCGGUGACAAUUGGACUUCAGCUGCGACUUUUGUGUCUGGCGGCUCCGCAGAUGCACUGAACAAUGUGACCAACCCUGAUGGUAGCACCACCGGCCUUAUUAUGGAUGUCCACAAGUACCUGGACUCUGAUAACUCAGGAACGAACGCCGAGUGUGUGACCGAUAACAUUGCUAGCGCCUGGCAGCCUCUUUCGCAGUGGUUGCGCUGCAACGGUCGUCAAGCAUUGAAUACAGAAACUGGUGGCGGAAAUGUCGCUUCCUGCGAGACAUACAUGUGCCAACAAAUUGAUUAUCAAGCGCAGAACUCGGAUGUGAUUCUCGGAUACGUCGGGUGGGCAGCUGGGAACUUUGCUGCGAGCUAUGUACUUGGCGAGACUCCUACCCAGAGCGGUACGACUUGGACUGAUACGGCGCUCGUUUCGACCUGUAUGGCGCCGUCAGCAAACGGCGUCGCUGCAUGAAAAAAAAAAGGGUCACUAUGCGUGUACUAUCAUUUCUCGGCUUACUUGCAAGUUGUAUGUAUAUAUAAACUCCUGUCCAUUUCAGGUGAAUCAAGUUUGAUGUGACUGGUCUGGACUGCGCGGUGAGGAGGAUCAAUGUUGCGAGGAGAACGUGGGCUGCACAGUUCAGAAUAGGGACCGAGUUAAGCCUUGAAGAUGAUGUGGAAAUGAUAGCCAUGUCGUCCAU